AUGCCGCGCCUCUUCCUGCAGCUAGCGGCGCUCUCGCUCUCGCUGCUCGUCGCGCUGGCGCUGGCGCAGUCCCCGCCCGAGCCGCUGCACGGCGCGCAGGCCGACGGCGACGCCGCCACGCCCGCGCCCCUGGCCAACCCGAACCCCAACGCGGCCGUGGCCGCCGGCGCCUUCGAGCGCGCGGACGCCGACCACAACGGCCUCGUGGACGCGCGGGAGUUCGCGGCCUUCACGGACUCGCUCAAGCAGGCGCUGGGCCCGUUCCUGGGUGCGCUGCCGUCCGACGCUGGCGCGGCCGCCGCCGCGUGGGGCGCGCGCCCCAAGCUGCGCGCUGGGGGCAACCCGCACAAGUUCUGGUCGGGCUUCGUGAGCGGCAUCCUGACCAUCUGGGCCACGGAGAUCGGCGACAAGACGUUCUUCAUCGCCGCCAUCCUGAGCAUGAAGAAGGACCGCGUCGUGGUGUUCGCGGGCGCCAUCGGCGCGCUCAUCGUCAUGACGGUGCUGUCCGUGGUCAUGGGCGUCGUGGCCACCAAAUUCCUGCCCCCGAGCCUGACGCACUACCUGGGAGGUGUCCUGUUUGUGGUGUUCGGCGUCAAGAUGCUGUACGACGCGCGCGAGAUGAACGCCGCGGGCCCUUCGGACGAGCUGACGGAGGUGGAGGAGGAGCUCAUGGGCAAGAAGGACGAGGACGCUGUCCAGGCCGAACAUGUGGAGGAAGGCUUGGGCAAGGCGGAGAGCGCGACGGACGGCAUGAUGAAGGUCUUCUCGCAGACGUUCCUCAUGACGUUCCUGGCGGAGUGGGGUGACCGCUCGCAGAUCGCGACGGUGACGCUAUCGGCGACCAAGGACGCGUUCGGCGUCACGCUGGGCGCGAUCCUCGGCCACUCGAUGUGCACGGGCAUCGCUGUCAUUGGCGGCAAGUUCCUGGCCACGCGCAUCUCGGAGCGGACUGUGACGCUUGUAGGCGGCGUCCUCUUCGUCAUGUUUGCGCUGCACUCGUUCGUGACGGGCCCCAGCGUGUCGGAGUAGGCUGCAGAAGGUGACAUCAAGCAACAAGCAGUAUAGAUAAAGCGACGAGCUGACUCCACGGUAGCACUGGGUGACGCGCUGCAUUCAUUUGGCUUUAAUUGCUCUUCAUGAACUU